AUGCUAUUUUGGAUUUAGGGUUCAAUGGGCAUCGGACAUCAACCAGGACGCUGGCUUCCAACAAGUCAGCAAACCCCUCUGAGUACAGGGGAGGGUCCACCUCUUCCCCCAUGGUCAACCAGUCAAUCCCUACUCCCUCCUCUUAUGCAAGAGUGUGAACAAACAAUGCAGCAACAACAGCAGCAGCUGGACUCUUAUAAGGUUGAGAUGAGAGAACUGAAGACGCAACUGGGACGCCUAAUAAGUGAGAACCAGAGGUUGACCAAAGAACUGAAGGAAAGUGUUCAGUCGCAGUUGAACAUGGUGGAAAACCGGUUGCCUAGCAACGAACAGGAGCAGCUCAUAUCUCAGCUGAGACAGCAGCUGCUGCAGGCAAAACAGGACAAGGAGUCAUCGGUAGUGAUGUGGCAGUCAGCUCUACAGGAGGUACAUAGACUGGACACUGAACUGCAGCAGGCUAGGGACAACCCUGACCUGCGGCAGUUGCAGGCUCACACUGCACAAGUAGAGGCACAGUACAUGAACAGGGCACAUGUUGCGCAGGCUGAGGUUGAAGGUCUCACGCAGCAGUUGAAGCAAAGUCGUGUGGAGCUGGAGGGUUCUGGCAUUCAGGUGCGGGACCUGCGACGGACACUGGAGGCACUGCGCGAUGAGGUCGUAUGGAAGGAGCGCGAGGCGAGCGGCGCCACGCAGAGGGAGCGUGCGUGCGAGGCAGAUGCUCGCGAGCUGCAAGCACACGCGCACGAGCUGGAGACACAGCUCACCGAUUCGCAGGAUGAGCUGGAUAGGAUGAGAGCGGGGCGAGGGGAGAGCGAUAAGACUGCAGCUAACCUCCAGGCUCGACUGACAGAGUUGGAGAAACGAGAGCAUGACUCCAUCAGACAGGUCAGAGACAGUGUGCAGCUAGUGGAGACAGCCGUCCUCGAACGAGACCAGGCACUCGUGAGAGAGAAGCAGCAGCAGGCCGAAGUUGAUCGACUAAAGGAGGCACUCACACAACUCGUGGAGGAAGCUGGUGUACGCACGAAGCAGGAGGUGGAUGCCAUUAGGAAGCAGUGCAAUGAGAAUAUAGGUAGACUUAUGGAGGAGAUACAGGCACUGGAGCUGGAUAACAGCGAGAAGCAAGCACAGUUGGACAGAGCCGUAAGAGAGAGGCGAUCAGUUGAGGCUGAACUGGAGAAGGUGUACCAGGAGGGCAGCGGUCAAGCAAGUCUAGCAAGCGUUGACGAAUUGUAUAAUCGGAUAUCACUCGCGCAGAAGGCGAAAGAUGAAGCCUACAUGAAGCUGGAAAGCUUAAAGAACCGCUUCAGCAAGCUGGAGUCCAGUUACCAGCAGGAGAAGAGACAAGGCGGGCUGGUGCUGGGGCAGGCACGAGAGCGGGUGGACACGCUGACCACACAGCUGCAGCUGGUCAGCGAAGAGCGGCUGAAGCUGGCCGCUGGACAGACAUCCCUGCAGCGCCGUGUCCAGGAUGCGGUCAAGGACGCACAGGCAGCCGCCCGGAAGAUGACCACCAGUGUGGCUGCAGCUGAGGAGAAGUACGAGAUGAAAGUGAGUGAGACGGAUGCUAGGGUGCAGGCUAUGGAGGAGUCACACCGCGGGGCACUGGCUGAGCUGAGGAGCAUGCUUACCGCUCAGCAGAGAAUGUCCGUCAGGUGGAAAGAGGAAGUGCAACUUGUUAGUACCAAAUUUGAGAGAGCACUACUAGAAAAAAGGGCAGAGCUGAAGAGAAGUGAACAGAGGUGCCAAGAACUGAUGGAUCUCCUGCAAGAGGCCAGGCAAAAAGGUGUCGAGAGUGAAAGGUUGAUGUCCGAGUAUGCUGUCAAUAUACAGCGCUCAGAACAACGAGUGAGAGAAGCUGAUGCCAAAACAGUUACUGCCUCAGUGAAGCUUUCUCAGGCACUUAAUAGACAGCGCCAUCUGGAGGAUGAAAUUCACGAACAAACUCAGCAACAGAGAGAAUUGCAAUUUAGGAGUGUGGGUUCACUUAGGAUGGGAGAUAUCUCAGCUAAUCACUGAGGCAGUCUUGACAUGAGUAAUAAAAAGGAUUCACUCUAUGAUAACAUGGACAAUAUGAAGUAAGCAGUAACACCAUU